AUGUCUGCCGCCGACGCCAAACCACAAACCAAGAAGUUCGGCAAAGGCGAGAGGACGGUCCCGCACCAUAGCCAGAAAGCCUCUCGAUUCUACCCUGCCUACGACGAGCCAUCGCAGAAGAAGGCCCGAAAGUCGAGUAAACCAACCAAAUACCGAGAGUCUCUGCAGCCCGGUGCUGUGCUAAUUCUCCUUGCUGGCCGAUUCAGAGGCAAGCGAGUUAUCCUUCUCAAGCAGCUCGAUCAGGGCACUCUCCUAGUAACGGGCCCAUUCAAAGUCAAUGGCGUACCACUGAGAAGGGUGAAUGCACGAUAUGUCAUUGCUACAUCGACCAAGAUCGACCUUAGCGGCAUUGACAGCUCUACGCUCGACAAGGUGACCAAGCCAGAAUAUUUCGUACGAGAAAAGAAGAGCAAGUCGGAGAAGGGCGAGGAGGCUUUCUUCAAGCAGGGGGAGAAGCCAGAGGCAAAGAAACCAACCUCCGCACGAGCUUCCGAUCAGAAGUCCAUCGAUAAGCCAAUCCUAGCGGCUAUCAAGAAGCAAGACAUGCUUGCAAGCUAUCUCGCAUCCAACUUCAGCCUCAGACACGGACAAAGACCACAUGAAAUGAAAUUCUAG